UCCCGAGAGAGGCGACCUAAAGGGGGGUUGGCGCGGCUAGGUGAAAUCCGCGGUCCUGGGACAGGGAACUUGGGGUCCCGGAGGACUCGCGUCUGGGGGUUGGGAAGUGAAUUUCCAGACAGGAUGAUCGAGGUUGUUUGCAACGACCGUCUGGGGAAGAAGGUCCGGGUAAAGUGCAACACCGAUGACACCAUCGGGGACCUUAAGAAGCUGAUCGCAGCCCAAACGGGUACCCGUUGGAACAAGAUCGUAUUAAAGAAGUGGUACACGAUUUUUAAGGACCACGUUUCUCUGGGGGACUAUGAAAUCCACGAUGGGAUGAACCUGGAGCUUUAUUACCAAUAAAGCAGAAUUCCUCCUCUACACUCUGCCCUCCCUAACUCUCCCCUCUUCUCCCACCCUCAACCCCCAUACUGGUAUGAAUGCUUGUUUUUAAAAAGUCAUGUUAAUAAAAACUUAGAAGCAGCUUGCUUCAUUGUUGUCA